AUGUAUGGUUGCAAACCUGUUGAUAUUCCUUUAGUGGUGAAUGAAAAAUUAAAGAAGGAAGAUGGUGGAAGAUUAGUAGAUGCAAGCAUGUAUAGAAGUUUGGUUGGAAGUUUGUUUUAUCUUACAGCUUCAAGGCCCGACUUAAUGUUUGCUGCUAGUUUACUCUCAAGAUUCAUGAGUAAACCAAGUCAUUUACAUCUCGGGGAAGCAAAAAGAGUUCUAAGGUAUGUCAUGGGAACCAUGGAGCAUGGAAUCAGAUUUGAUAAGAAUUCUAAACUUGAAGCUAAAGGCUAUUGUGAUAGUGAUUGGGCCGGAAGUGUUGAUGAUAUGAAGAGCACUUCAGGUUAUGUAUUCAACCUUGGUUCAGGUGUGAUCUCUUGGUACUAA